CCGGGCAGGCGGCGGGGAGCGGAGGCGUCGCUCCUGCCCGGCCCAGCGCGCCCAUGUGAGCCCAGUCGUGGCCGGCACCGGCACCGAGCCCUCCCGCAGCAAGAUGCCCGAGUCCCAGCUGCUCUGAAGCGCCGAGGAGGCUCCGCACACGCCGGGACGGUCGCUGGAGGAGGCCGUCGGGGCAGCGGGCAGCGCUGGAUUGAUCGGGGCAGCAUGGUGUCCUGGCGGAGGAGGUGGCAGGGGCCCGGCCUGGCCCGGCUUUGGGGCUUCUGCUGCCUGGUGUUCGGCUCCUGGAGGGCUUUGCUUGCCUGCCCGGCGCCUUGCACAUGCAGCGCCUCGCGGAUCUGGUGCGGCGAGCCCGCGCCGGGCAUCGUGUCCUUCCCGGUCCUGGAGAGGAAUGCGGAGCGGGAGAAUAUCACCGACAUUUACAUCGCAAACCAGCGGAAAUUAGAAAGCAUCAAUAACAAUGAAGUUGGACUUUAUGUUGGACUGAAAAAUCUAACCGUGGUGGAUUCAGGCUUAAAGUUUGUGUCCCGUCAGGCAUUUCUGAAAAACACCAACCUGCAGUACAUUAAUUUCUCCAGAAACAAGCUCUCAAGUUUGUAUAAGAAGACUUUCCGCCAUCUGAAUUUGUCUGAUCUGAUUCUAGUGGACAAUCCGUUCAAGUGUUCCUGUGAUGUUAUGUGGAUCAAGAUAUUUCAGGAGACCAAGUUUUCUAACCCAGAAACUCAGGAUUUUUACUGCAUAAAUGACAACAACAAGAGGAUACCCCUUUCGGACAUGCAGAUCCCCAACUGCGGCUUACCUUCAGCGAACUUGAGUGUUUAUAACCUCACUAUUGUGGAAGGAAGGAGCACUACAAUGUACUGCGAAGCUACUGGGGUGCCAUCUCCCAAUGUAUCCUGGGUUGUCGCUAAUCUUGUUUCAAAACAUGAGAGUAAUACAAGUAAGAAUCCUGCUUCCCUAACCAUAAGGAAUGUUUCAUCUAAGGACAGUGGAAUACGGAUUUCAUGUAUAGCAGAAAAUAUUGUGGGAGAAGACCAAGCUUCUGCUGACCUUGUGGUGUUCUUUGCACCAAAUAUCACAUUUAUUGAACCUCCAACCCCGGACCACCACUGGUGCAUUCCAUUCACUGUGAAAGGGAACCCCAAACCCUCAUUGCAGUGGUUCUAUGAAGGGGCUAUACUGAAUGAGUCUGAAUACAUCUGUACUAAAAUACAUGUUAGCAAUCAAAGUGAAUACCAUGGCUGCCUUCAGUUGGACAACCCUACCCAUUUGAACAAUGGUGCUUAUACCUUAUUGGCGAAGAAUGAGUAUGGAGAAGAUGAAAAAAGGGUUGAUGCUCAUUUCAUGUCAAUGCCUGGGGAUGGUAGUGGCCCAAUCCUGGAUCCUGAACUUUAUGAUUAUGAAACCACGCCUAAUGAUAUUGGGGACACCACGAACAACAGUAAUCAAAUCACUUCUACGGAUGUUUCCAACAAAGAGAAUGAAGAUAGCAUCACUGUGUAUGUUGUGGUGGGGAUUGCAGCAUUAGUGUGCACUGGCCUAGUGAUAAUGCUCAUUAUUCUGAAGUUUGGAAGACACUCCAAGUUUGGGAUGAAAGGUCCUUCUUCAGUUAUCAGCAAUGAUGAUGAUUCGGCAAGUCCCCUCCAUCACAUUUCGAAUGGGAGUAACACUCCAUCUUCUUCUGAGGGCGGCCCAGAUGCUGUCAUCAUUGGAAUGACAAAGAUUCCUGUCAUUGAAAACCCCCAGUACUUUGGAAUCACCAACAGUCAGCUCAAGCCAGACACAUUUGUUCAGCACAUCAAACGACACAAUAUUGUUCUAAAAAGAGAGCUGGGUGAAGGAGCCUUUGGGAAAGUCUUUUUGGCCGAGUGCUAUAACCUUUCUCCAGAACAGGACAAGAUCUUGGUGGCAGUGAAGACACUAAAAGAUGCCAGUGAUAAUGCUCGGAAAGACUUCCACCGAGAGGCAGAAUUGCUGACUAACCUACAGCAUGAGCAUAUUGUGAAGUUUUAUGGCGUGUGUGUGGAAGGUGAUCCACUCAUCAUGGUUUUUGAGUACAUGAAGCACGGAGAUCUGAAUAAAUUUCUCAGGGCACAUGGACCAGAUGCAGUAUUGAUGGCAGAAGGCAACCUUCUAGCUGAGCUGACCCAGUCCCAAAUGUUGCACAUUGCCCAGCAGAUUGCAUCCGGCAUGGUUUACUUGGCAUCACAGCACUUUGUGCAUCGUGAUCUUGCCACCCGGAACUGCCUGGUUGGUGAGAACUUGCUGGUGAAGAUUGGAGAUUUUGGAAUGUCCAGAGAUGUGUACAGUACUGAUUACUAUAGGGUUGGUGGUCACACCAUGUUGCCCAUUCGUUGGAUGCCUCCUGAGAGUAUCAUGUACAGGAAGUUCACCACAGAAAGCGAUGUCUGGAGCCUGGGGGUCGUUUUAUGGGAAAUCUUCACCUAUGGCAAACAGCCAUGGUAUCAGCUCUCAAACAAUGAGGUGAUCGAGUGCAUCACUCAGGGCCGAGUUCUGCAGCGACCUCGUACGUGCCCAAAGGAAGUGUACGACUUGAUGCUGGGUUGUUGGCAACGGGAGCCUCACAUGAGGCUCAACAUCAAAGAAAUCCAUUCCCUCCUUCAGAACUUGGCCAAGGCUUCUCCAGUUUACCUGGAUAUUCUAGGCUAGAGCCUCCUAGCAUUUCCUCUUAUGGGCUGCGUGAAUGAAUGUGUUCAACGGCCGCUGAACUCCAUCAAAAUAUGUUCUUAACUCUGACAGUAGUAAUGACAAAGAUGCGGAGAAGCUUUCAAAGGGCAAGCAAUGUGCACUUCUCCAUCUGUAGACACAGUAUUGACUUUUUUGACAUUAUUGAAAUGUAUCUCUUUUCUCUUUCUGUUUCUCUCAUUUUUUCUCUCUCCUAUUGAAUCUGGCUUCUGCGUUAUUGUAACUCUGCAUAGACAAAGGCCUUAAAAACCUGGUCUGUUAUAUCAGCAGACACUCCAGAUUGCCCACCACAACUAACAAUGCCUUGUUGUACUCAUGCCUUUGAUGUGGAUGAAAAAAGGGAAAAAAAUAUUUGACUCGAACUUUGUGACUUCUGCUGUACAGAUACUGGGAGUUCUUCUUGAUUCACCUCUACUUUUUUUGCUUCAGUGUGUGGGUGGAAAAAGAAGAUUGGUGUUCUCUAUGGGAAGCUUAUUUCUAGUUGAGAUAAAGCCAGAUAGAAAGAAAACAGCGUUGUGCGAUCCACUGUAUGGAAGAACCAUGGGAUUAGAUGGCAUCCAACCCCACUCAAAACACUGAAAUGAUUUAAUGGAAGGAAACGAUUCUGUGCUUUCCUCUGGGAGCCUGUCUGAGGAGUAAAGGGAUUGUUUAAAGAGUGUGCUUGGUUAGCAUUUUUCAUCAUCAGAUCCAGUACUAUGGUCUAUGGUAAAAAGAAAAAGAUGCUUCCUGCAUUGCACUAGAUUACACAACACUAUGAUAAGCUAAAUACAAUCCCUCAACUUGUCUUAGAGUAGGAUAUUGUGAUAGCACUGGUAUAAAAUUGUUCUCCAGCUAGCCUUUGGUAAUACAGGCUGAAGCUAGGCUGAUUAGUGUACAGUGUGCAUUUCAGGGUCAAGUGUUGAAGCUGAGAACUUUGAUCAGACAGGACAAGCUGUAGAUACUGUGCUUGUCAGGCAGCAUACUCCUACUGCUCUCCUUCUCCAUUCCCAUUUUUUCACUGUGCAAGCAAAAUUGUGCAUGGUCUUCGUCGAUUAAUGCCCUUUGUGCAGAAACUAUUGCUCAUCUUGUUGUACACCCUGAUAGGAAUAGCAAAUCCAUAAAGGUAUAACAUAUAUUUAAUUAGAGGGAGCUAAUGGAGGUCAUUAGCUACAUUCAGAUAUCUUUUCAUUGUUACAGAUAUGAUACUACGCAAAUAAUGUAAAACAUGGAAAUAGUAGAUUAUGUUUGAGCCAUGGCAGGGGAUGAUAGAAUUAAGGCCCUGGAGACAGCUAGAUGUGAUCCUGUGGUUAUCACUUGACAUUACAGCAUACAGAUCCUGAGUUCAGCACCAAUUUCUGGUUGAUAUAGUGGUGUCAUUCCCAGCAUCCACUGUUCUGUAAUUUAUUUAUGUCUGGUUGGAAAGGCAUUGUGUGCGUACAGUAUAUGCAUGGCCACUGUGCUAAUGGCAAGUGCAUGGGCAUCUGUGUUUAUUUUUCAAACAGAUGCUGAAGAUUUAAAAUUUAGAUUUAGGAUUAUUUUUCUUAUGAACUCUUACAAAUGGAAAGAAAUCUUACCUGUUCCUCAAGAACAUUUGCCUCCCUCUGUGAGGGGGCCUUGCUGCAAAAAAUUGUCUUUUUCUUUUAUUUUUUUUUAAUAUUAUGAGCCAAAUCAAAGAGUAGUAGUAGUUCUUCAUCUUUGUGUUGUGGUUAUUUUAUUUAAUACAUUCAGCGUUUUAUUUUUGUAAGUGUUCCCAUAAAAUUUUAAUAUAUAAUUUGCUUGCAUAUAUUAUUUAUUAAAGCACUUUCUUUUUUCCUUCAGUGGCUUUUAAAGCCAGUUCUCAGAGAUUUUGAACGUUUUCAGAAAUAAAACAAUUGACUGGACAGUGAUGGAGUUGAAUCCUCCUCUAUGUCAGUGAAAAAAGCAUUAAAAAUAAACUUAACAAUGUAACUAUAAAGCCAUAUGCAGUAUUUCUUUAAUAAACCAGAUGUUAUUUCUGAACCACUAGAACUGGAAAUAAAAAAAAAAAGCAAGAGGAAGACUCAUACAAAAUGGGCUUUAUGUUUUUAUCUGGGCUGUUUUAGAAGUUUGAAUAGCAAUAGCCCUGUUUGAAAAAGAUUGAACAUUCAGGGAAACCCAUUCUCUUGAGGGCCUGAGUUUUAUGUCUUUAAGAAAUUCAGUUUCAGUAUAACAGAAAGUGGAAAAGAAAAUGUAAACUGUCAGAGUACACUGAGACUACACUUUUAGUGUGAAGAGGGAAGGGUUGUGUGUUGGGGAAGGGAGGUACAAAACUCCUACCUGUUGUAUUCUGUCAUAGUUCCUUAUGCCUUUUAGAAAAAUAUAUCCUUUUUGUCUCCAAGAUAUUGUUCUCUCUGAGCAAUGGCCCUAACCUGAAAGCAAACAGUAGGUUUUGCAAGAACUAAUGGAAUGUAUACCAAAAAUGAAGAAAAAAAAUACAAGUUGCUCUAGUGGCAUCCUUUUUUCAUUACUAAAAGAGCAGACUAGAGUCAUGUAUGGGGAAAAUAUAGUGUGUUAGAAUACACUGUGCAACAGCAUAUCAGUAUGUCAAACUUAAAGGACCAAAUGUUCUAUAGAGCGAAAAAUAUGAAUAAAUUUGGCCUAUAUCACACGUGAACAGUAGUCCAUAAAAGCUAUAAUCAGUGUAGACUAGCUAUUAACUAAAACUAAACCAGUUUUUGCAUUUAUUCAUAAGAAGGGGUGUAAGUGUAGCAAAAUGAGUGGAAAAGAGAAAAAGAAAUACUUUCAAAUGGCAAUGAGGGGUGAGUGUAUGUAUAGACAUUUGUCAUGCUUGCAACUUCAGCUAAAUCUUGUACACUGAGCAAAUAUGACAAUCAGGCUCAUUACAAAAUCUUUCUAGACUAUGCUACAAACCAAUCAUAUAUAUAUAAUAUAUAUUAUAUAUAUGUGUGUGUUUGCAUAGGGUGUGUAUAUAUACAUGGUAUAUAGGUAUAUGUAUAUGUGUGUUAUAAAUAUUUGAUUUAUACAUAUUCAGACAUGCAUAUACAGUAUGUGUGAUUGUGUGUAUAUGUAUAAAUUUACAUAUACAUAUAUUCUAACAGAUGAUAAUUGGGGUACAAUGUUAUUAAUAAAGUCCGCUAAAUAACCAAAAUCCUUUUUUCCUUUGGUAUUUCUUUUUCUAUGUUUAUAAGAUUUAACUUUUUAAAUGAAUGCAGUUCCGCGUGGGUGGAGGAAAUACUGGAGUGCCAGAGAUAUUUUUAACAAUCAACAUUUUUUCCCCAAAUGAUUGUAUAAAAGCAGUCCCUCCGUUAUUGUCUAAUAUUCAUUAAUUUCUCACAGAGCAAUGAACAGAUUGGCUUCAAACUUCCUAGAAGAAAAUUUGGUUUAAAAUAAUUUCUGUUUUUGUGCUAUUAUUGUUGUAUUGUUCAACAGCAGUACUACAGCUCCACUGGCAUUUUGCACUUCUCUUCAGUUACAAAAUAAUUCCAAGAAUGAGCUGGAAGUUUCAGACUGCAACACAACUGGUAGAACAAUGGUGAGAACUCCAAAACCCUGCAGUAAUAAUAGCAGCAGCUAGUAUUGGGAAUUUCCCACGUUCUCUCCUUCACCCUCAGUAAAUCUGCAGAACUCAGCAACCAGCUGUAGUGAACAGUAUUUGUAAAGCAACAGCACCCAUGAUGCAUGAUGAAACUUCAUUUUACAUAGGAGUUCAUUCAUUCUGAUUUAUAAACCAAUAUAUUUAUAUAUAAUCUGCUGUUCAGUGAAUAACUGCCAUUUACUUCUCUCUCUCUGCUCUUUGGAGAUAAUUUUGUUGUGCUUGAUAUAGACUUUCACAGAACACUUUAAAGAUAUAAGAAACACCCCAAUAAAGCGAUCAAGUCACUAGCUGACUAAGUUAUAGUGCAUAUACGUAAGAACAAGACUGUCUCCAGGUUGUUAUGCCCUGUAAAAGAAAUUCAAAUAUUGCUGUAAGAAUGUGGGGGUGGGUGGGGAAGGGGUUGGGGUUUCUAGUUGAAGAUGAAGGUUUUGAUAGCACAGGAAACUGUAUUUUCUUGUUGUCAGGACUGGGAUGAACCACUGCUGCUCUGAGUCAAGAGAUCCUUGAAGAGCCUUAGUUACUUUUUAUUUUAUUUUGCUACAUUCAUCACAAAUAUGAAGCAAAAAAAGACUACAAUGUUGCAGGGAAAACACUGUGAAUUUCACAACAGCAACCAAGUGACUAUUUUGCCAUCUUUUUAAAGUACGUCUCAGGAGAAGAAGUGGGAAAUGAUGGGUAUAUUAUUUUCUUGUCUAUGCAUUCUAGGCCAGGUCUAUGGAUUUUUUUUUGUUUGCUUGUAGAAAGUUCUGAGUGAAGAUUGGCUGAAAUGUAUUUUAUAAACACAGAAUAUUUUGGGCAAGUAUAGCAGAAGCUGUUUCUAGCAAGGCUGUUUGACAGGAAGGCAUAAGAAAACAAAAAUCAAAUCAAAUCUUUUCAGAGGCCUAUAUCUUGCAGCUUAUAUGUAUUGUUCUGCAACUUAAAGAAAAACAAAUGUUGAACAAGCAGCUGAGAAUUUUAUAUACAAGUCAAUUCAGUGUGGAUGUUUAAUUACAUCACCACUAGAGAAAGAUUCAAUUUAUUAUGAAAUAUUUGCCCCAGCCCUGCUCUCUACCUAUACUUCAUGUAUAUAUGUAUAUUUCUAGAUACAACUCGUUCUCUCUCUCAAGAGUCAGAGAGAGGGAGAUACCUACUUAUAAAUAUAGAUCUCUAUAUUUGUCACUAAAAGUGUGACCUGAUGUUUAGAGCUCUCUUUCUCCUUUUUUUUACUGUGAUGUCUCUGUGCAAAUAUUCAGUGAUUCUUGUUUUGCAGUUUGUUAUAGAAAUUCAUUGCUUUAAAAGAUCCAUUGCAUCUUGGCUGAUUUUGAAGUGAUGCCUGAGUAUCAGUGUUAAAAGAUUUGUUUGUGAAUCAUGUGACCAGCUUCCGUCAACACGACAUGGAAAGUCUCUUGUACUAUAGUGUAUUUAAUACAAACGAUGUCUUUCAAUAAACAGUGUCAUCCAAAAGAAAGACUGUAAGUGAUACAAUGAUGAUUACUUUAAAAAUGUUAUACAAUUUUCAUGAAACAUUGUGUGGUAUUUUCUUUUAUUUGAAUCCUAUUUAAAAAACGUGGUAAUAAUGAAUGGCUAAAUGUGCUUGGAAAUGUGACAUAUUUACAAUCUAAAAUAAUGAUAAAAAAACAGUUCCAUACAGGUACUGUACUCCGAUGAGAUGAAAGAAGCAUCACAUAUAAAACAGUUAUGAAAUUUGCUACCUGUAUUUACACAAAUUAGGGCUAUUUUAAAAAAAGUCCUAAAGUGAACCCAUUGGAACAUUUGCACAUUUGGGUACGUGUGCAUGUGAAUACUUGUUUGUCAUACAGUUAUCCAUAUAGCAUAUGCUGUCCUGCAAUAAGGUGCUUAUCAGUAGGUGAAAGUAUUUUCUGGAUACAAUUUAUGUGCAUGUUUUCAAAAUGUGUCUCCUAAUCCGCAGCACUAUUAAUAAACUAGCGAAGAUUAGAGUUUGGGUUUCUUCCUUGUCCCAAUGUAGUAUUCAAAUGUUGUGAACAAAUGUAGCAUUAAUUCCAGGCCAGCCUGUAUAGUAGCUGAAACUCCUAAAUAGUAAUAUAAAAAAAAAGCAGUGAUUAUACAUUCAGCUUGGCUUCAGGCACCUAAUUGAAGAUCCCACUGUAGGUUAUUGAUUUACCCAAAUGUAACCCACACACCUUCUGGGUGUGAUGUUCUGUCCCAUCUAGUGGAACUGAGACCACACAGAGACAGAC